UCCGCUUUGUGUCGCGUGGCGGGAGAUUCACGCGUUGUACCGGUUUGUUUUGCUUUCUGUUAUUCCUCUUAUUUUAAAUUAAGUUUUUUUUAGAAAGUUUUAGCACCUUUAAGUCAUUUAAAAAAAUAAUAAUGGAAGCUAAACAUAACGGUUGUGUGCACGAGAGCGCUACUCCACGCGCGCAGCACGAUGACUCAGCAGAGAGGUUCCGCUUCAGCGUGGACCCGAGUCUCGAGGACAUCAGGCGCAUGCAGGCCGAUUUCACGGACGAGCGCGACUGGAAUCAGUUCCACCAGCCCCGGAACCUGCUGCUGGCGCUGGUCGGGGAGGUGGGCGAGGUGUCCGAGCUGUUCCAGUGGCGCGGGGAGGUGGCGGAGGGCUUGCCGGGCUGGACCGAGGCCGAGCGGGAGAACCUGGCCCAUGAGCUCAGCGACGUGCUCAUCUACCUGGUGGAGCUCGCCGAGAAGUGCCGCGUGGACCUGCCGCAGGCCGUGCUGCGCAAGAUGGCCCUCAACCGUCUCAAGUAUCCGGCCAGCAAAGUCCACGGCUCGGCCAAGAAGUACACCGAGUACCAGGACUGAAUCCUGGUCCUGGAGAUCUCUCACCAAUAACUCCAGAGAGAUCAUCAUCUCCAGCCAGGAUCUGCUGAUUGUGCCAGUACUGAACCUUCAUCAUCCACAUCUCUGCACCUAGUACCAGUACUGAACCUUCUUUAUAUCCAUGUAUACACUUAGUACUAGUACUGAACCUCCACAAUCUGUCUGCAAUUAAUAGCAGUACUGAACCUUCCUAAUCUCUUUCUGCACCUAGUACUGACCCUACUUUAUCUUCAUCUGUUCACCUAGUCCUAGUACUGAACCUCCACAAUUUCUCCCCACCAAGUACCAGUACUGAACCACCACAAUCUGUGCCUCUCUACAUAAUACCAGUACUGAACAUUCUCUAUCUAUACACCCAGUACCAGGGCUUAUCUUUUUUUAUUUUCACUUUUCUACAAUAAGUACCAGUACUGAUCUUUUUUUAAAAUCUCCUUAAACACCUUGUUCCACUACUGAACCUUGAUCACUGAUGAUCGAGAACCUUCUCUCCAGACAUGAUGGGAUUGAUGAUAAAGUGCACAGCGUACAUGUACUGACCAAAUGCUUAGUGACUCUAGACAAUCUUGAAUAGGAUUUAUUAUGACUGUAUUGAUCAGGUUGCAUGGUCACACAGGUUCUGUUUAAUCACUUUAGAAAAAAAAAAAAACCACAGUUGUGAUAUGAGUGCCCAAGUCCAGACUGUAUGAUGUCACCUGAUUUGAUUGCACGUGUAAUUACUCGGACAGUCUCUUAUCAUUUGUUAGAUUGUUCAGGAGUUUCUUUUUACUCAUUGUGUUAUUGUUAAUCAGAGAUGCUCUUACUUUACUUUUAACAUUUUAUUCUGAAAAUGGAGUGUGUUGAGUUUUAUUACCACCAACAUGGUGUGAGUGUAAAUAUGUAAAGAUUUUUUUUCUUCUUUGUAACCUGCAGCAUUGUGUUAAAGUAAAUGCAACCUGUUACACUUGA